CCCACACAAAGGGAAGACUAAUCGCAGUGACAACAACGCGACCCUUUCCAGCUCAGCCGGGAUGAGACAGUGUUUGCCCUUCCUCCGCCCCACCACCGCCAAACCCUUCGCCUGAGACACCCCAAUCACCGCCGUCGCAUGAGAAACACUACAAAGCACGCCCUCAAAUCGACAAUGCUAUCACAUUUCUUCAUCGUCGACUCAUCGAUCUGAAAAAUGAUUGUUCAUUCAACUCUUUCGCCAUAGACGGACAGUAAGGUUUUUGCCAUUCCCGCUGGUGCGUUUUUUCCUGAGAAUCAUUAGGUUUGUCGAAGAAUACUUAUGGCGCUUUCUGUUUCGGACUUGCCCGCGAUAUACUCACUGCUCGCUAAUUCGUUGAGCGUCGACAUAAAUGUCCGCAAGCCGGCGGAGGAUUCACUCGCGCAGUUUGAGAGCAGGCCGGGCUUUUGCUCUUGCCUCAUGUUGCUUGUGACUUAUGCUUGUACUUGUGGCAGCUUCAAGCUCUUGAAUUCCUGUUCAGAAGUGAUAACGGCCAAAGAUUUGGCGGGGCAGACUGAUGUGAGAUUAAUGGCAUCGGUUUAUCUGAAGAACAGCAUCAAUCGGUACUGGAGGCACAGGCGUGAUUCAAUGGGAACAAGUAAUGAAGAGAAAGUGCAUUUGAGGCAAAAGUUGUUGUCACAUUUAAGAGAAGAAAAUUAUCAGAUAUCACUUACAUUGGCUGUUCUGAUCUCAAAGAUUGCUCGAUUUGACUACCCGAAGGAAUGGCCAGACUUGCUUUCUGUGUUAGCACAACAACUUCAGUCAGCCGAUAUAUUGACCUCUCAUAGAAUAUAUUUGAUUCUUUUCCGGAUUCUAAAGGAGUUGUCAACCAAACGUCUUGCCCCUGACCAGAGAACCUAUACUGAGAUAGCAUCUCAAUUCUUUGAUUACAGCUGGCACCUUUGGCAGAGUGAUGUGCAGAAUAUAUUGCACUAUUUUUCAGCAUUUGCUCAAAAUGCUUCAGAAUUGAAUCAUGAUGAUAUUUUCCUGACCUGUGAAAGAUGGUUACUAUGUUCAAAGAUAGUACGUCAACUGAUCAUUUCUGGUUUCCCUAGUGAUUCAAAGUCCAUGCAGGAAGUCGAACCUGUCAAGAAGGUUUGUCCUGUUAUGUUGAAUGCCGUCCAGUCAUUUCUUCCUUACUAUUCAUCGUUUCGAGAGACACACCCUAAAUUCUGGGAACUCCUGAAGAAAGCAUGCACUAAAUUAUUGAAGAUUUUAAUAGCAACUCAGAACAGGCAUCCUUAUUCAUUUGGUGACCAGAGCGUCCUUUGGAAUGUCGUUGACUUUUGCUUAAAUAAGAUAACAAAUCCUGAGCCAGAUAUAUUAUCCUUCGAGGAAUUCUUGAUCCAGUGUAUGUCAAUGUUGAAGUCUGUCCUAGAAUGUAAAGAAUACAAGCCAUCUUCUACUGGUCGUGUUAUGGGCGAAAACCAAGUUACACUUCAGGAGAUGAAGAAAAAUGUAACUAAUGCAGUUGCUGGUGUCUUAUCUUCUCUGCUGCCCAGUGAUCGUGUGGUUCUACUGUGUAAUAUAUUAAUAAAAAGUUAUAUUGGUUCAAUACCACUUCACUACCAGGUGAUUGAUGGGUUGAGUUUAACCAUGGGCAUUGCAGAAAUUGGAUCGCUUGAAUUGUAUGACCUCUUAGACGUGGGAUUAACAACAUUGUACUUUGUCCUAACUGCAAAAGAUGUGGAAGAAUGGUACCAGAAUCCCGAGUCUUUUCAUCAUGAGCAGGAUUCUGUUUUGUGGUCGGAAAGAUUGAGGCCAUGUGCUGAAGCAUUAUACAUCGUCUUGUUUGAGAAUCACAGCCAACUUCUAGGUCCAGUUGUCGUUUCAAUUCUUCAAGAAGCAAUGAAUAGCUGUCCUUCUGUUAGUGAAAUCAGCCCAGAAUUGCUUUUCAAAGAUGCUGCUUAUAGUGCCGCUGCAUACGUCACUUAUGAACUCUCAAAUUAUCUGAGCUUUAAAGACUGGUUCAAUGGCGCAUUAUCUGUUGAGCUCUCCAAUGAUCAUCCAAACAUGUUCCUCAUCCACAGGAAAGUUGCGUUGAUAUUGGGGCAAUGGGUUUCAGAGAUUAAAGAUGACACUAGACGACCAGUGUAUUGUGCUUUGAUAAAAUUACUUCAGGAGAAAGACUUGUGUGUUAAGUUGGCAGCAUCAAGGUCUCUUUAUUUCCAUAUCGAAGAUGCAAAUUUCUCAGAAAAGGAUUUCUCAGAUCUUCUUCCACUGUGCUGGGAUCUAUGUUUUAAAUUGGUGGAAGAAGUUCAAGAGUUUGAUUCGAAAGUUCAAGUGCUAAAUACAAUAUCGGGUCUCAUAGCACGCAUCAAUGAAGUUAUUCCUUAUGCAAACAAGUUGGUGCAAUUCUUCCAGAAGGCGUGGGAAGAAUCUUCAGGUGAAAGCCUUCUGCAGAUUCAGCUUCUCACAGCCCUAAAAAACUUUGUCGCAGCACUUGGUUAUCAGUCACCCAUCUGUUACAACCUCUUGAUGCCCAUCUUACGAAGUGUGCUAAAUGCAAAUAGCCCUGAUGAGCUUCUGGAAGACAGCAUGCAGCUAUGGGAAGUUACUCUUUCUCACGCCACCUCAAUUUCUCCUCCGCUGUUGGGUUAUUUCCCGUGUCUAGUGGAAAUCUUGGAAAGAAGUUUUAGUCACUUAAAGGUGGCUUCCAACAUUAUUGAAGGCUAUAUAGUUCUUGGCGGUGUUGAGUUCCUCAAUAUGCAUGCAACAACACUUGCCAAAGUUCUUGAUUUGGUUGUUGGUAAUGUCAACGACAGAGGGCUGCUUUCGAUUCUUCCUCUUGUCGAUGUUUUAAUUCAGUGUUUCCCCGCUGAAGUUCCCCAAUUAAUCAGCAGCAUUAUACAGAAAUUAAUUGUCAUAUGCCUGAGCGGCGGAGAUGAUCGCGAUCCUUGUAAGACUGCUGUAAAAACAUCUACUGCAGCCAUUCUUGCGAGAAUUUUGGUCAUGAAUACCAAUUAUCUUGCACAACUGACAACUGAACCAUCACUAUUAGCAUAUCUCCAGACAGCUGGAUUCUCAAAUGAGGAAAACAUUCUUCUAUGCCUGGUUGAUGUAUGGCUUGACAAGGUCGACAAUGUCAUGUCCACACAAAGAAAGAUAUUUGCUUUGGCCCUCUCCAUAAUUUUAACAUUGAGGAUGCAUCAAGUACUUGAUAAACUUGAUCAGAUUCUAAGUGUAUGCACAAGUGUAAUAUUGGGUGCAAGUGAGGAUCUGACUGAAGAAGAAUCAAGUAGCGACAGUAUGCACUCUAGCCAGCCGGUACCGGGCAAAGAGUUCAGGAAGAGACAGAUCAAGCUCUGUGACCCGAUAAACCAAAUCUCAUUGGAAAAUUCACUUAGGGACAAUCUGCAGACUUGUGCAGCACUCCAUGGAGAAUUGUUCAACACUGCCAUGUCCAAAAUGCAUCCUUCUGCAUUUGCUCAACUGAAACUAGCGUUACACAUGCCAUAAGGCUACAUAUUGCUCGCCAAACUUCCAAUUGGAAAUACGUUUUUUUUGUGUUCUGAGGGUACCUCUUAAAUUUCCCGUGAACCUUUGAGAAAUGAAGAUUCGUUGGUUUUGUGAGACAUGCACUACACGAGAUUCUUUUGUUGGUUUACUUCUUAUUUGAUAUCCGAGGCGCCACUCUCUGUUCCUUGGUUUUUUGGUAAUUUUUGUCGAGCAUUUCCAUUACCACCACACUGUAAAUAGUGUGAACCUUUCAUGUCAUAGUUUUAUUGGGCAUGAGGGGUGAGUUUGAGGCUUACCUCUGAACAAAACUUUGGGAAAUUGAUGUUAUUGUGUUACUUUGAAAAAAACAUGACCUAAGGAAGGGUUUGGGUAUUGGAAUCUUAGUUGCAUUGUAAUUUAUGAGAAAAGUUAGCCUUGUAAUUUUGAGGUUGCCUGUGAUUUUGCUUUUCGUAUGCAAUAUACAGAACAAACGAGGCAGCAAAUGUUCAAAUCCUGAGUCACCUGUGUUUUUUUUACUUAAAUGUUGCGAUGAAAUGUUCUAUUCUGAGUCACAUGUAUUUUCUUCGGUUCAAACUUACUUGCAAUUAUUGCAAUUUUUAUCGAACAGAACCGAACUGAGAUUAAGGUUUUUGAGCUCGAGGUCAACUAAUUUUCGAAUGUGUUCGUUUGUUUAAUAUUCGAACAAAAAAUUUCGUUUGUUAUUUGGUUCGACAAGUUCAAGUUCGUGUUCGUUUGUUUAUAUAGUUAAACUUUUUUGUGAACUGUUCGUGAUCGUGUUUGUUGACUUUUUUUUUUUUUAUUGCUAUGCC